CAAAUGUUCUCAUAGACCAUAAUUUUUACAGGUUACAAAAGUUUCCAUCAUAUGGAUGUACCAUAAUAUAUUCAAAUUUGCUUGCUAUUUUGUCCUAUUGUAAAUUCCACUUUUCUGACAUGAAAACUGCUACAAUGAACAUCUUAGACUUUAAUUUUUUGUUUACAUUUUUAUUACUGCUUAGGAUAAAUUUUUAUAAAUGGAGUAGUUGCUGUGUGAUUUUCCACUUGGGUCGUGCCAGUGAUUCAGGAUACAGCUUUGGUAACUGUGUCCAACUUGACAGGUGAGGUUGGCACUUCCUUUUCAUUUGUGCUGAUUGUAUUUUCACACUUGGAAACAGUUUAAUGUUUCCAAAAUGUGUCUCAACAUAAGAAUAACCAUGGAUGAGAAUACUGGGUGGAGUGGCCCGUACUUAGUAAGCAUGGAGGCCAGUGUAAGAAGCACAGAUGCCGUCCACCACCCCAUCUUGAACAUGGAGAAACUGAGGCCUGAGAAGGGCAGGCGGAGCCUGGUCUCCAGAGCAGCUGGGGGCUGAGUGAGGGUACUGCUGCGUCCCCUCAUCACAGCAAAGCUCGUGAAGGCUGUUUGGGGGCACCUCCUCUGACCUCCCCAUCUAGGACAGGAAGUUUCCAGUGGCUUCUUCCUCUUUUCUCUUUCUCAGGAACAACAAAAGUCCAAAAAUCUGAAAAAUAAACCAUGAAGCUCAGUGAAAAGGACCCAGCAGAAGAUAAAGAAAGAGAUCCAGUGAGAAAGAAAUCGGACUGGUCCUGCUCGCUGCUCGUGGCUUCCUUAGUGGGCGCCUUUGGCUCCUCUUUCCUCUACGGCUACAACCUCUCAGUGGUCAACGCGCCCGCCCCGUACAUCAAGGCCUUUUACAAUGAAUCAUGGCAAAGAAGGCAUGGACAUCCGAUAGACCCGGACACCCUCACUCUGCUGUGGUCUGUGACCGUAUCCAUAUUCGCCAUCGGUGGACUUGUGGGGACGCUAAUGGUGAAGAUGAUCGGAAAGGUUCUCGGGAGGAAGUACACUUUGCUGGCCAAUAAUGGCUUUGCGAUUUCUGCUGCAUUGCUGAUGGCCUGUUCUCUGCAGGCAGGAGCCUUUGAGAUGCUCAUCGUGGGACGUUUGCUCAUGGGCAUAGAUGGAGGCAUUGCCCUCAGUGCACUGCCCAUGUACCUGAAUGAGAUCUCUCCCAAGGAGAUCCGCGGCUCCCUGGGGCAGGUGACUGCCAUCUUCAUCUGCAUUGGCGUGUUCACUGGGCAGCUGCUGGGUCUGCCGGAGCUGCUGGGGAAGGAGAGCACCUGGCCAUACCUGUUUGGCGUGAUCACCAUCCCUGCCUUCGUUCAGCUGGUGAGCCUGCCCUUUCUCCCUGACAGCCCACGCUACCUGCUCUUUGAGAAGCAUGAUGAGGCCGGAGCCAUCAAAGCCUUCCAGACAUUCCUGGGCAAAGCGGACAUCUCCCGGGAGAUGGAGGCAGUUUUGGCUGAGAGCCGUGUGCACAGGAACAUCCGCCUGGUGCCCUUCCUUGAGCUGCUGAGGGCACCAUUUGUCCGCUGGCAGGUCAUCACCGUGAUCAUCACCAUGGCCUGCUACCAGCUCUGCGGCCUCAAUGCGAUCUGGUUUUAUACCAACAGCAUCUUCGGAAACGCUGGGAUCCCUCCUGCAAAGAUCCCGUACAUCACCUUGAGUACAGGGGGGAUUGAGACACUGGCUGCCAUCUUCUCUGGCUUGGUCAUUGAGCAUCUGGGACGAAGACCCCUCCUCAUUGGUGGCUUUGGGCUGAUGGCCCUCUUCUUUGGGACCCUCACCAUCACACUGAUACUGCAGGACCGUGCACCCUGGGUCCCUUAUCUGAGUAUCCUGUGCAUUCUGGCCAUCAUUGCUUCCUUUUGUAUCGGGCCAGGUGGCAUCCCGUUCAUCCUGACCGGCGAGUUCUUCCAGCAGGCACAGCAGCCGGCCGCCUUCCUCAUCGCAGGCACUGUCAACUGGCUUUCCAACUUCGCCGUGGGGCUCCUCUUCCCCUUCAUUCAGAAAAGUCUGGACACCUACUGUUUCCUCGUCUUUGCUACAAUUUGUAUCACAGGUGCUGUCUACCUUUAUUUUGUCCUGCCCGAGACCAAAAACAAAACGCAUGCAGAAAUCAGCCAAGCAUUUGCCAAAAGAAACAAAGCACAUCCACCAGAGGAAAAAAUUGACUCGGCGGUUACCGAUGAUAAGAUGAAUGGAGGGCCUGAACCUGAGUCCUCCUCUACAUUGGACAAUCAUGUCCCAAACAAGGUCAUCUAAAUGGGUGACAUCACCAUUUCAGGAAACCAAAGCUUCCCCAUUUUCAAGAGGCUUAAACUGAUUGAAGCCAGUCUUAUUCAGUAUUUAAAAAUAAACCUGUGCCAAUGUAUUAUCACAAUCAUUUUGGCUUUAUUUACAGCUAAGUCUCCCAGACUCUUCAAGAAGCCUGAAAGAAUUCCCCUGUGUUUCAGUAAACACAGCAUUCCUCUGUACUGACCAUGACCUGCCCAUUUCAUGACUUGACCAUGGUUUCAAAAUGAGCUUGGAACAAUAGCAUUAAUAUUUGAACACUUUCUCAAAGAAAACUAAUUUAAUCUGAUAUGGGACCAAUGGACUAGAAAUCACAGACUGAGGUUGUAGUCCCAACCUCAUAAUAAGCAGCCUUGACCUGCCCUCAGCCUGGAUCCUGGUGCUUCCAUGACCCCUGGGUUUGGCCCUGGAAAUAGACUGUCAGGAUUCAGUGGAGAGACUCUUCAUGCCAACUAAUAAAUGCCUGCUACCAACCUUUGGUUCUGCCUUGUGGGUCUAGGUCUUGCCCUUCCCAGGCUGUGUCUAAGGCAUGGGCUCAGGACUUCCAGGGCAGACACAGUGUUCACCUCUGACUGUGAAACCCUUGUGUGCUCACAGACAACAUGCAGGAGACCAGUGUCUGGAAGACCUGGAGAAACAACUUUACCAGAACUGGGGCAGGGACUGCAAACUGAACUCUAUCCAAAUGAAAAACAAUAUUGAGAAUGAUUCUGAAGCUAAACCUAGGGUUGGUGGGAAAAACCAUUGGGGUUAAUUGGUGAUGUCUGCCACAGGUGUGGAAAUGCAAGUAUCAGCACGUGUACCUCAUGUUUGCCAUAUCCAGAAGAGCUUCAUCUGAAAAUGUAAUGAGCCACCUUGAAAGAUGGGGAGUGCACCAUCACUUAAAGUGCCCAAGCAAAGGCUGAGUGAUUACUCAUCUUGACUGUCCUUAAGGAAAUCUAAGUGUCAGUUGUGUAGGAAGCUGUUUAGAAUAGCUAUGUGUAAGGGCUCUGGCUAAGCCUUACAUGCUAGAGUCGUCUUGGCCGGAGCAAUUUGCAGCCUGCCAUAGGAACGCACAGCUUGUUGUUUGGCCAAUUCCCUAUACCUACCUCCAGAAUGAAAUACACUCACAGUGCUCAUAAGUAAAUGAAAAUGCACCUGAAUUAGCACUGUUGUGUUUGAAUUUCAUAUGUCAUAGAAGGAGAAGAACCAGAGAGGAAAGACUCUGGACCUUCCAGCACCACUGGAAUCUUUUCAGCUGUAACCCCUUGGGUUUUCUCUAAUCCUUCUUGAAAAAGGCAGCCUUCACCUGAACCUGAGUUCUGAGUUUCCUACCCUGCUGAAUAUUUCUUCAUCACUGGAUCUCUCCUUUGGUUAAUUGCCCACUCAGUGCACCAUGACAUCCAGCUUUGGUUUGACUGGAGAAUGUGGACAGUGUUUUGUCAGUAUGGAGAGAAAGUGACAUGUGGGUACCAAGAGAGUCUGAGACCAAAAGAGCCAAAUAAAGUAUAAAAGAGAAAGCUU